AUGGGUCAGGGUCAAUCCGGCGAAGUCCACAAAGCUACUGCAGAGGAGCUCUCUCUGCAGCUCGCCGAAAGGUUUGCGCAGAAGUGCUUCAACGGCGUCGAGUUCUACUCGUUCAAAGACAACUUCCGCAGUCUCGCCGACAGCAACAACUCCGAGGGCGGGUUCCUGUACUGGAACGAGGACACCUUGAUCCGCUUCCUGUCCAUCCCGGACUGCCUGCAGGUCGGCUCAAUCAUAUUCCAGUCGACGUCGUACCUGGGCGCGUUUCCGUUCCCGAGCUUGUCGCCGGCCAUCCUGAAUUUCGAGGCGCUGGUGAAGGUCGUGACUAUCUUCACGGGUAGGUAUAAGAAGGUGCUGAAGCGCCAUCCGGACCCGGUGAAGCUGUUGUUCCGGUCGCUGGCGGUGUACGACCGCCAGGAUGGCGAGGGGAGGAAGGAGCAGGUCUCGGAGCCGGAGUUUGAGUACUAUGAGGAUGAUGAUGACGACGAUCUAUCGCUGGCGGCGCUGGAUGCGCUAGAUGCGAUUGAGGUGUUUGGGCAGGUUGAGAAGUCGAAUAUUAGCCAUGCGCGUAUACCGUUAGAGAACUUGAGAAAUUUCGUGGCAUUCCUACUAGUGGCUGCGCCGCUGGAGCCGAACCAGCCUAUUGCAGUGUUCGCAGAGCGGUUUUCUACACCAGAGGCUCUGCAGGAAUUGAGGGACACUGCGGAGUGUGUCGUUAGAUCUUUUAAGAGUAGAGACGGGAAGGGGAUUUUAUAUAGAGAUUUCAAAAAGACUGUGAAGGAGUCAAUGCCCUUCCUCUUCGACAGCCUAUCCCCACUCUUCGAGCAUCUCCUCUUCUGCAAAAAAGUCGACAACUCCCACACAGCAGUAACAGAAGUCGAACCACUCCUCCCCCACACGGGCCAGAUCCUAGACAUGAACCUCCUCAGCCAGAUUUCCCUCUUCAUCAAAGGCGACAAUCUCUGGCGGCGGCUGCGGCCUCUCUACGCCGGCUCAGAGGCAGGCUUUAGCAUGGGCUCGUUCGAGACAAAGGUCGUAAAAUGGACCGCUCCAACUAUACUACUAGUAUCUGGCACCCGCGUCUCUAGAAACCCGGAAACACACCAGCGGAAGAUGUUCUGCGAUAGGCUGCCGCCGAGGAAGUAUGCUGCGGGCGGUGAAAUAGAUGAGAGGGUUGUUUACGGGGUGUACAUGCACCAUCCAUGGCGAGUGUCGCACCGAGAUUGUUUCGGCGACUCCAACAGCAUCCUGUUCCAGCUCGAGCCCACGCACAGAACCUUCCACGCCUCAACGGCAUCCACCGACUACGCCUACUUCAACAAAGACGACGGCAUCGGCUUCGGCUCGCCCGUGCAGAAGAUGAAGGCCAGCCAGCGCGGGCCGUACCUCAAUCUCGGCCCCGUGUCAUUGACCUUCGACCCGGCGCUCGAGUUCGGCGUAUUCCAGCACAUUGGGCACGGCGGCGCCUUCCACACUAACGAUGCCAGAGACGAGCAGGAAUGGCAGGACGUGUUUGAGAUUGAAGAGAUCGAGGUGUGGGGGUGCGGCGGCGAUAGUGAGGCGGAGGCGCAGAGGAAGGCGUGGGCGUGGGAGGAGCGGGAGGCGCUGUUGAGACGACAGGUCAAUUUGGGGAAGGAUAUCGAGGCGGAUAGGGCGCUGCUGGAGAUGGCGGGGCUGAUUGGGCAGAAUAGGAGCGGGGGGAGUAUUUGA